AUGUCCCUGCAAGGUCUGCUCCCCGCAAGAAUUGCGAAUGUCGAUGCUCUCGGCCGCCCGCGCUGGGCAUUGAGCAUCACAUCAGUGGCUGGGGUGUUCUUCGCCUAUUUGAGUCUCAACGAGGGCGGUAAUGAGGCACUCAAUUGGUUCAUUGCGAUUACCAGCGCCUCCUUUUUCAGCAACUGGGCAAUCAUUGGUUACUCGAACCUUCGAUUCCGCCAGGCACUGAAAGCGCAAAAUGACCAUUUACUAGACGAAGAGUAUGGGUGGAAGGCUGCUAUGGGCAUCUUCACCCCUAUUUACCUCAUCAUCGUUUCCACACUGCUGCUAGUUUGCCUUCUCUACUUGGCAAUUAGCCCUUCGGGUGGUUCCUUUACUGCACCAAACUUCUUCCAGUACACUAUUGGUCUCUUGCUCAUUAUCGUGUUCAGCCUUACCUACAAAGUGAUUCGCCGCACGAAGUGGGUUGACCCUGCCACAGCAGAUCUGACCGCGGGCCGCAAUGUCCUACGAGUCAAUGAGAUUCAUUAUCUCGACGGAUACGCUAGGCUUCCGACUUGGAGACGAACUUUGCUUUCUGUGGGUCUUAGUCCUGCUGGUGGACCAAAGAGUGAAUGA